ACAGAGGGAAAGCAUGUUUUCAGAAACAUAAUCUAUAUGGUAGAGGUUAUGUAGAACAAAACUUACUAAGUAUUGCUUCAAAUAUAUUUUAUUGAAAUUCAAAUCUGAGAUAUGGAUUCAGGAAACUCGAAUUCUAGUGAAACACCCUCGCACCCGCUGGUAGAAUCUACUCCACCUACUCAACGAAGAACUCGAGGAUCACGUCAGAAAGCAGUAGACAGCGUGACGAAAAAGUUCCUGCGAAAUUUCGAUCCAGAACACAGUGAAAGGGAGAAACGUAAGCUUCAUAGACGACUAUACCAAGGCAACAAAAGACACGCUUUGUACAACGAAAAUGGCAUAUAUAUCCGAACAGGAGACGAUUUAUGUGACUGUUUAAAUUUGAAUUGUGCAGGAUGUCAUCUUCCUUGCGUCAAAUGUUCUUCGCCAAAGUGUAGCCACGAAUGCAGGAAUAAUCGCAAGUGGAUGUACGAGUCAAUAGAAAACGAAGGCAGCGAUAUCAUCAUAAAAAAUCCUUUAUUAAAAGAAUCUUGAAAUUUCAAGUCUUUUAAUCUACGAUAUGAUUGUACUGUAUUUAUAAAAACUCUAUGGCUGUGCUGGGAAAGGGAGGGACAGGGAAAGGGAGGAACUUCACCAAGUUUUUCAUCGAAUUUUAAACUGUGUAUUACUUUCUUUUACUAAUAUUAUAUAAGUUAUAUGUAUUAGAAUUAGAAUAAUCAUAACAUAAAAACUGAUAUACAAGUGUA